GAGGAGCUGUGGGCCCAGCCAGCCUUGGAGAUGCCGAAGAGACGGGACGUCCUCGCCAUUGUCCUCAUCGUGCUGCCUUGGACGCUGCUGGUCACCGUGUGGCACCAGAGCACCAUCGCGCCCCUGCUCGCCGCACACAAGGAUGACAGCAGCGACCCCCGGCGCGAGGCGCCACCCGGCGCGGACCCCAGGGAGUACUGCAUGUCCGACCGCGACAUCGUAGAGGUGGUGCGCACCGAGUACGUGUACACCCGGCCGCCGCCCUGGUCCGACACGCUGCCCACCAUCCACGUGGUGACGCCCACCUACAGCCGCCCGGUACAGAAGGCUGAGCUGACGCGCUUGGCCAACACACUGCUCCACGUGCCCAACCUGCACUGGCUGGUGGUGGAGGACGCGCCGCGCCGCACGCCGCUGACCGCGCGCCUCCUGCGGGACACCGGCCUCAACUACACGCACCUGCACGUGGAGACGCCGCGCAACUACAAGCUGCGCGGGGACGCGCGCGACCCGCGCAUCCCGCGGGGCACCAUGCAGCGCAACCUGGCCCUGCGAUGGCUGCGUGAGACCUUCCCGCGCAACUCCAGCCAGCCCGGCGUCGUGUACUUCGCGGACGACGACAACACCUACAGCCUGGAGCUCUUCGAGGAGAUGCGCAGCACCAGGCGGGUGUCCGUGUGGCCCGUAGCCUUCGUCGGCGGCCUUCGGUACGAGGCCCCGAGGGUCAACGGGGCCGGGAAGGUGGUCGGCUGGAAGACCGUGUUCGACCCCCACCGGCCAUUUGCAAUAGACAUGGCGGGAUUUGCGGUCAACCUGAGGCUCAUUCUGCAGCGCAGCCAGGCCUACUUCAAGCUGCGCGGCGUGAAGGGGGGCUACCAGGAAAGCAGCCUCCUGCGAGAACUUGUCACCCUCAGUGACCUGGAGCCCAAGGCAGCCAACUGCACGAAGAUCCUGGUCUGGCACACACGGACUGAGAAGCCGGUGCUGGUGAACGAGGGGAAAAAAGGCUUCACUGACCCCAUGGUGGAGAUCUGAGCCCCAGGACACAGGAGCCCCCUUCUCAGACCUGCUCCUGGCCACCUGUGCUCCCCACGCGGGUGGUCCCUCCGAGGCGGACUCCUG